AUGAAAUUCUUUUUUGCCAUACGACGGUAUUCGACUCCGUCAGCUGCCAUUCGCUGGUUCUAUGCCACAGAUAUCCCCGUUUCCAAGCCCAGAGGGUUCAAUUACAAGCAAACGGAACGUCCCAGGAAAUUUAUCCCGUUUGCUAGGACCGAUUCUGAUAAUCUGGAAGCAGCAUUCCUUGCCUGGCAAAACGGAGAGAGUCCUAAGGAGGUGGCAGUAAAUGAGGACCAAUUGUUUGAUUGCAAUUUGGAGCAAAUGAUCAUGCGGCCAGCCUAUUGGGAAGGCCCUGCUUACGAGAUACGCAGGGGACUUUGGUUUCUGGACAACAUGCCGCUUCCGGCGCUAAUUGCGGACCAGCUGGAGCAGAAAUACAGGGAAUUGGGCCCAUAUAACGAGUCCCAGGCAUCAAAUGAGCCCUUGACGGCUGAGAUCACGUCGGAGGUGAGUUUGUACGAACGAGAAGGGAAGAAGUGGCCAUUUGAAAAAGCGACCGAUUUUGAGAAAGAGGACAAGAUUGCGGUGUUCAAAGACCACAAGACGGCGUUCAUGAUCUCUAAAGACUCGAAAGUCGGCAAGCUUCAAAUCAAAAACUUCUAUAAGCUGCCAGCACAGCAGGUUCUGGGCGCAGACACGGUCACUCGGGGAUACGAGAAAGCGGAGCGGAAAAAAACAGAGGAGGCCCGUGAAGAAAAAAUGGACGAAGAGAAGGACCUGCUGACCUCGUGGAUGAAGAGCUGGACGGGACAGGCCAGCAACGAGCGGUUCCAGAAAGACAUGGAGGCAGAUUACACAAACCCGAAUUUUAUAGCCAACUCCGGCGACCGAGAAGUGGAUCAUUUAAUUCUGUGCAUCCAUGGGAUUGGCCAGACGCUGAGCUACCGUUUCACAUCGAUCAACUUUGCCCACGACUGCAACAACAUGAGAAGACAGUUCAAGCAGCUCUUCACCCAUAACCCCAAAUACGUGAAAAUGGCCUACUCAGAAGAUGAAAUUGCCCGGCACAAAAAUGACGGAAAGCUCAGCAACUGCAAGGUGCAGGUGCUGCCGAUCAUCUGGCGGUUUGACGUGGACUUCUCGCUAGAUAAGAUAUUUGACGAAUACGAGCAGGACGGACAUCCGCGGCUGCCCACGUUGAACCAAAUCAAUAUUGAUGCGAUCACACCACUGCGGCAUCUUGCAGCAGACGUGGUUAUGGACAUUUUACUUUUUUACGAGCCCCGUUUCAAGCAGCAAAUUCUGUCCAGCGUCGUCAAAUACGCCAAUGCCAUUUACGACAAGUAUAUGGAGCGUCAUCCGCAAUUUGAUGGCAAGGUAUCCCUGCUUGGCCACUCGCUAGGCUCUGCCAUCUGUCUGGACAUUUUGUGCUCCCAGCCGGACUCUGUUGAGGACAUCGACCCUAAAAAACAUCUCAAAUUUCCGGUGGAGAAUUUCUUUGGACUCGGCUCGCCGAAUGGCGUGUUCAAGCUUAUUCAGGGGCACAAUAUCCGGGCCCGCGAUAGUGCGAGCCACGACAAUGUGAGCUCUCCAAAAGUCAGCAAUUACUAUAAUAUUUUUUACCCCACGGACCCGGUGGCCUACAGAGUCGAGCCUCUGGUGCAUUCGUUGCUUGCAGGCGUCAAGCCCGAAACCAUUUCUUUUGAGGAUGACAGCCUCAACUCGCAGAUCCAGUCUCUUGCCGAGCUGCCGAAUAACUUGAUAAACAACGAGUACUUGCGUCGUGCUAUCAAUUUUGCAGGACUUGGUGAUGUGGCCCAGCUCGGCGAGAAACAGGAUAAGAAUCCGAAGCUUACCGAACAAAAGGAAAUCCCUGACAACGUCAAGAAACUGCUGGAAGGGCUGAAUCGCACGGGACGAGUGGAUUACUCGCUGCCGCAAGGCUACUUCGACAUUGACCUGAUCAACGCGGUGGGGUCCCACAUCCAGUAUUUCGACGACCGCGAUGUGAUUGGAUUUUUACUUAGGCAGCUGUGGCCGCCAAAGAAGCAGUAG